AUGCGAUCCGGGUAGCAAGGCCAUCACCCAUCCUGCUCAAUUGACCAGUCCCACAUCACCGAUUGCAACCAUCAGAUCCGCACGACUACGACUGCGCCUGAACACCCCAACAAUAUUAUUACAGCUGCCGCACGACGCACCGAGAGGCGCAGAUUGAGAAAGAGGCUCUCCCGGUUGCUCGGCUUCCGCCCAGACGAACCUUUGACAUUGCAUCCGAGAGCCACGGCGCACGCUUCAGACUUCUUCCAACGCUCAUUACACUGCCAUUCUGCAUGGUUUCAUGGACCCCGCCACCGACCUGGAGGCCCGCAGCACUGGCAAUGGCACUGGCCAUGGUGAUGGUGUAGGCGGAGCCAGCAAUGGCUCAGGCAUCAAGCUCACGACUGCUACGAAUGCCACGAAUGCCGUCGGGACAGCUGCCAAUGGCCCGCCGAGCUCUGACGACGACGCCGCGCACGACGACUCGGACACGUGGGCAUCUGCCGUUACCAGUCCGGCCUCGAUAACUUCGCCCCCAUAUUGGACGAACAGCCACUCCCACCAAAGGUCCAUAUCCAACAUGUCGGCCGAGUCGGUCCUGCCAGCAGGCGCCAUCACCAUGCAGGAUCACGAGGUCAGCGACCCCGACCAUCACAACAAGGCUUGUUGGGCGAAGAGCGUCGAGAUUGUUGAUCACGUCGUCAUCAACGGCAGCGCGACCAACAUCGGUGCCUUUGUGGUUUGGAAUAUCAAGGUCGAGACGCUGCGGGUCAGUUGUCCCUCCCCUUUCUGUAGCAGACGGAUGGCGUGUGAUGGUGUGCUGACUGGAAAUCGCCCACUUCUCCAGGGAAGUUAUAUGAAUAUCCGCAAGCGCUACUCCGAAUUCGACGAUCUGAGGGAGAAGCUGAUGAUGACAUUUCCACACUUUGAGGCUGCCGUCCCGCCUCUCCCGCCGAAAAGUGUGAUAUCAAAGUUCAGACCCAAGUUCCUCGACAAGCGGCGGCAGGGCCUCCAAUACUUCCUCAAGUAUGUUCAGCCCAGCCCCCUCUCUGACGCUCGCAGCCAGCAGUACACGUCGUGAAAACGAUGGCUAACUGCCGUAGCUGUAUUAUGCUCAAUCCCGAGUUUUCUGGGUCUCCGGUGCUCAAGGAUUUUCUCUUCUCGUGACACAACAUAUUGGAAUAGCGUACAUAUAACCUCAAGUUUCAUCCGACACAGGUUGUCGGAGCGGAUUGAACAUAGGAAGCACUGCUAUCACAAUACGAUAAUGAUAAUGUUUUGGAUGGCC